GCCAAAAGCUAGUCUAGUUUAUCCAGGCUAGAGUGCAAGGCACCACUUAAAACUACAGGGGAACUUCCACUGAUAAAAGUGGUUGUUGUCAGCAAAUAAAAUAAAAAUAGAGUAAAAGCUAGUUAACCUUUCUUAGUACCACUAGUCAAAGUCCUUAAACAGCCCCGCCCCUUGCUAAGGAAGGAAGCCUGCCUUCCUGCCUUCAAAGGAAGGAAGCCUGCAAUAAUCCUAAGGAGUUAAGCCCCAGCUGACAAAGCCUCAAGGCUCUGAGCUGCCAUGCGGAAGUUAAACAGGUGGGAGAUGCUUGUGGUUGUGGUAUUACAGAUCCUGGUUCUCACCUGCUUCCUGUCUCAACUUCAUAGCAGCAGGAGCUGCCCCCAGGUGCAGACGCCACCCCAGGUACACAUACUCAUCCUCUCCUCAUGGAGGUCAGGGUCUUCCUUUGUCGGGCAACUCUUCAGCCAGCACCCCGACGUCUUCUACUUGAUGGAGCCAGCCUGGCACGUGUGGGCAGCCAUGUACCAAAACAGUGCCAAGGCCUUGCACAUGGCGGUGCGGGACCUCAUCCGGUCAGUCUUCAAGUGUGACAUGUCUGUCUUCGAUGCUUACCUGCCUGAGCAGAAGAACAAGUCGGCGCUCUUCCAGUGGGAGGCCAGCCGGGCCUUGUGCUCCCCUCCAGCAUGCAGCUCCUUCCAGCGCAGGGACAUCAUCUCCAAACAUGCCUGCAAGACCCUCUGUGGGAAGUACCCCUUCGGCAAAGUGGAAGAGGCCUGCAAGACCUACAGCCACGUUGUCCUGAAGGAGGUCCGGAUCUUUGACCUCAAGGUGCUCUAUCCUCUCCUCACCGAUCCCUCCCUGAACCUCAAAAUCAUCCACCUGGUCCGUGACCCCAGGGCUGUCUUCCGCUCUCGCAAGAAUACAGCAGGUGAUCUGGCCCGUGACACAAACAUUGUGGUGAGGCAUAAGAGCUCUGCAAAGGAUAUGGAACCCUAUGCUGCAAUGCGGGAAAUUUGCAAAAGCCACAUUGAGGUUUACACAGAAGGCAGCCAGGCCCUUCCUAGCAUCCUCCAGGAUCGUUACCUGUUAGUGCGUUAUGAAGAUAUUGCCAGCAAUCCCUUGGCCAAGGCUGCUCAGCUCUACAGCUUUGCAGGGCUGCCCUUCACCCACCACCUUCAGACCUGGGUGCAUAACAUCACCCAUGGGCAAGGGCUUGGCAAGCAGGCCUUUGACGUUGACUCCAGAAACGCAGUGAAUGUGUCGCAGGCUUGGAGGAAGGCCCUUCCCUAUUUCCAAAUAGCAAAGCUGCAGGAGGUCUGUAAGGAUGCCUUGAAGCUACUGGGCUAUCAGCUACUUAAGUCUCAGGAAGAGCAGGAGAACCUGGCCGUAGACCUCUCCUAUGCCCAAGUGCCUCCUUUCAAACAGGGGAGUGAGUGGACUCUGGAAGCGUCAUCUCCAAUUUCAGGCAGAUGAGAUUCACACAAAGAACGUUGAUUUGGAUUCCUGCAUUGAGCAGGGGGAUGGACUUGAUGGCCUUAUAGGCCCCUUCCAACUCAACUAUUCUAUGAUUCUAUGAUCUGGGCCCUAUGACAGACCUCAGAAACUGCCCAACACUGAGCCACACCAUUGGGCCAUCCAGCCCACUAUUCUCCACACUGACGGGCAGGGGCUGGGCCAGCUGGACUGGCACCGAGCCUGAAUUACAUCAGACAGGCAGAAAAUGUGGCUGCAGCUCCUGAUGAGGGAGAUGGGGCAAUCCAGGGCCUGUUUGUCCAGCUUCAGUUACAAGUUCUGUCACAGAAUCUUGCCACAUCCAUUUCUGCAAGCCUGCAGUGUGUUGUACUAGAAAUUUACUCCGUGGACACAGAUCUGUAUGCAGCAAUGAAAUCACCUCUUCAUCAUCUGUGACAAGCCCCUGGAUCCAGCAUAUCCUUUCAGAAUAUGGCCUGUUUACUGUUUUGAGACACAGCCCCUCACCUGACUCAGGAGAGAUAUCCUUCCCGUUGAUAAUGAUCUGCAGGAGGCAGCUGCAUUCAUUAGCAAGGGAGGAGUUCUGUGGCAGGAACGGUUGGAGGAAAGAGGCCUUCGCUUUCAGGCAGCAACAAAUGGAGAAAUGGGUUGCCAUGCCAAUGUGGCUGUAGCACUGAACCCUCUUUGGGAAGCUCCUCUGGUUCUGGACUGGCUUGAGAAAACAGUUCUCACAUAAGAACCACAGUGGCUUGAUCCUGGAAAUGGGCUGUUGCUGGAGAACACCGAAGCUGCUUCCUUUGCUUUGGAGAUGCUCACAGAGGCCCGCUCAGCAGGCCUUCAAAGUUGCAGCACUUUUGAUGUGGGCAUGUAAGGAGGUCUCUCUCUUAUUGGGUCCAAAUACCCAUGUCUGGCCACGCAGACACCCUGAUGAGAGUCAUUACUUGGGGCAUUUCAGAAAUUAAGACCGACAGUCAUGUAAACUAGUUGGAACAACAAAGGCUUCGGUGGCACUGUAAAGACAGACACUUUUAUUACGGCAUAGACUGUGUUAAUUGGCUUAACAAUGCCAUGAUGUCUGUAAUCAACUAGUUAUUUUUGUGUGUGUGAAUGACCACUGUUAAUAACAUGAUUACGACUAUCUGAA